UAUUACAAAACGUUGUAUUAGAAUCAAAAAAUAAUAAAAAUGAAGAUUUAUUAAAUAAAUUUAUUUUUCAAAUAUUAGAAAAAUAUUUUUAUUUUAAUAAAAACAACAAUGAUUUAUCACAACAACAGUUUUUAACUGAUUAUUAUUUAAAAUUUAAAAAAAGAAUAAUUAAUUUAGAAGAACAAAAAGAAUCAUUCGAAGAACAAUUAAAAUUAUUAGAUAAAUUUAUUUGUUCGAUAUCACAAUGGAAUAAUAAUUUGGAAAAAUUUCAUUUAUUAUCUGCACUUAAUAAUAUAUUUUUCAAUCGUCAAAAUAUUGAUGUUACAAUUUUUAAUAAAUUUGAUCAAUGUGAAUGGCGUAAAGAAAUUUUAUGUAGUGAAUUAUUAGCUGGAAUAUUUAAAUCAAUUUAUUAUCAACAACAACAAAAAGAAGAAAAUGGUGUAAAUGAAUUUGAAUUAGAAAUAUUUCGUAAAAAUAUAAAUAAAUUAGGAAAAAUUUAUACAAUAGAAAAUUUAUUACAAAUAUUAAUUGAUAAACAAAAUAUUUAUCAAUUUGAUCUUGAAUUUGUUAAUGAUAUUUUAUUUAUGUUAUUACAAUUAGAUAAUGAUGAAGAUGAUCAAAUAAAAGUUUUUAAUAUUUUACAACUCGAAAAUAAUCAAAGUUUUUUUCUUCAAUUACAAGAAUUAUGGUUAAAUAAAAGAUUGAAAUAUUUUCAUAUAGAAUUUAUUGAUGAAAAUUUAAAAAUAUUAAAUCAAUAUUUACCAUAUAGAAGUAAAAUAAUUAAUCAAAUUUUAGAAAGAACAACAGAAAAUACAACAAUUGAAGAAUUAAUUACAUUUUUUAUAACAUUAACAAAUUGUGGUUUAACACAAAAAAGUAAUGAAUAUUUUUUAGAAAAUGAAAUUAAACAUAAAACAAAUAUUAAAAAUUGGAAUUUAAAAUUAGCUGAUAGAUUAAUUGGUGUAUUUUUAACUAAAAAAUAUUCAUUUUAUAAUAAUUAUUUGCAAAAUAAUAACAGUUAUAAAUUAGUAUCGACAAAAACUUCUGUCUUUAAACAAAAUGCUUACAAUCAAGUGAAUACAACAUAUCCAUAUAGUGCAGAUGAUAUUGCACAAAUAUCUUCAGAAUUGAUGAAAGAUUUUACUGACAAAUUCAGAAUUAUUCAACCGUUAAAUCAACAUCAUGAGAAAGAUGGUGAUGAUGAUGAUGACGAUAGAAAUUGUUUUGAAAUUUUAACACAAAUUCUAAUUGAAUAUAAACAAGAUCAAAGGACAACACUUAUUCCAUUAAAUAUUUCUGAUAAUCAUUGGAUUGUAUUGACACUUAUUCGUCAUAAAAAUAAAGAUGUUAUAUUGUAUAAAGAUUCAUUGGGUGAAGAUGAUGACAUUGAAAAACGUGAAGAAAUACAAAACAUAUUAAAUGAAAAACUUGAAAAUAUUGAUUUUAAAUUUCAUAAAUCUUGUGAUCAAUAUGAUAAUUACAAUUCUGGUAUAUUUGUAUUAGCUAAUAUGGAAUUUAUUGCUAAACAAUUAAUGAAUGAUAAAAAUAAUUUUAUUAAAAAUUUUGAAAAAUAUAGUUUUGUUAGUGAAGAAAAAGCUGUUGAAUUACGUCGAGAAACAUUUCCAAAAAUGUAUGCAUUAAAUUUAUGUCAAACAUAUAAAAAACGAAAAAUUAUAAAUCAUCAUUUGAGUGAAUUAAAAAUUGUACAAAAAUUAUUUGAAGAAAACAACAAUAACAAUGUAAUUCUUGUAGACUGUCCAAUUGUUAUAGGCAGUGAAAAUAAAAUUGAAAAAAAUGGUUUACGAUUAUCAGUUGAUUUUCCACGAGAAGAAAAUUUACUGAAAAAAGAUUAUCAAUAUUUGUAUGUAAUUGAAGCAUCAUCAUCAAAAAAUAUUAAUUUUAAUUACGAUCAUGAAUUUAAAAAACAAAUUUGUACAAUAUUAGGAAUAAAAAGAAUUUAUUCAACAGAAAAAAAUUCUAUCAAAAUAUUAGAUCAAGACUUAAAAGUUAUUCUCAAUCAAAAACAACAAGAAAAAAAACUAGAUCAAACUGAAUUAAAAAUAACAUCAGAUAAUGAAUAUGAAAAAUUAUUAAAUGAACUUUGUGUUAAUGUGAAUGAAUUUAAUAAAGAAAUUUUAAAAAGAAAUUUAAAUUUAUCAUCGUCCAUUGAAAACAGCAACAACAAUAAUAAUGAUGAUAUUAUUGAUGUAAAAGAUUAUAAAUUAUUAAAUAAUUUACAUAAAAAAUUCAUAAAAAUUUUAAUUUCCGGUUGGUCAAUUGAAUAA